CUCUUUUUUUUUUAUUUCAACUCUUCAACCGCAAUCUCUUUCUAACUUAAUCUGUUCUCUUAAAUCAUUGUGAUAUAUACUGUUUUUUUGUAAUGUUUGUGUAUAAUACAUUGUAUUUUGUCACUGUUCGUCUUACCUAAAUAAAUAGAAAAAAAUGGCUGUAUGUAACAUACGAGUACAACUUAUAUAGGUGUCCCUUUUAAAUAUAGCCUAUAUGCCACAUAACUAUAACAUAAAAUUUCUCUUUUAUACAAUACAAAGAGGAAUCAUACGUUAAAUAAUUAUUUGUCCACAGAUAUACGCAAUGGUGUGCGUAAUUUCACAGUUUCAAGAAUAUCUCGAAGGCCGAGGGACGGCCGCUUUCGACUAUUCGGACAGGUUGGCUACGGUACAAUACACAGCUACUGGUCCGCACACGACCACUACAAGUUCUUUGGCAAGCGGCCGCCGAAGAUCCGCUGCCAAACCCAUGCCGAGCCGCCAUGACCCAGAGGAGUUUUCUGAGGCACCGAGUAAAGCUAUAAGUAAACGAUUACAUCACAAUAUUCACAUUCUACAAAAUGUGCCCGCUCCAACACAGCAAUUAGGUUUCACAGUGAGUGAUCACACGUUGCUCUUCAAAAGGAUUACAAGCGCGUGUGAUCAGUUCAUUAUGGAUGGAGCUAGAAUCGGAAGCGCCAACGCCCGAACGCUGACGACGACGCAGCGAGCAGUACUAUCGGCCAGUGUCGCGUGCGCGCAACGAACGCCGCAAGAUGUCUGCCGCCGGAGUACCGCCCGCAGAAGAGUCACCACCGAAGGACGCUAA